GACCCUUAUAAACAAUGAAAUCUCUCUCGGCGUCUGAUUUAACACUGUCGCCUCCGUUGAGAUCGCCGCUUAGGGCGUCUCCUCCGCUGUCCCUGUAAAGCGAAGUUCUCUUCUUCCGCCAGAAUCUGUCGCUUCCGAUUCUCCCAUUGUAUUAGCAGAUGGGGAGAGUUAAUGCAGAUGGAGUCCAUUAUCGCUCUGGAGAAGGCCCGCACGCUCUCAAGAAUAUUAAAAAGACUAUUAGCAAAGAAAACCAAGAGAAGCGACAUAGGAAGGCUCAGAGAGGAAAUGCUUGGAAGGGUGUCACAUGCCCUGUCUGUCUUGAGAUCCCUCACAAUUCGGUCGUCCUCCUUUGCUCAUCUUACCACAAAGGUUGCCGUCCCUACAUGUGUGCCACAGGGAACCGGUUCUCGAAUUGUCUUGAUCAGUACAAAAAGGCAUAUGCGAAAGAUGUGAAAAGCAGCAAUUCGCCAGAGCUUAUGUGCCCGCUCUGUAGGGGUCAGGUGAAAGGUUGGACUGUUGUGAAAGAUGCGCGGAAGUAUCUGAACUCAAAGAAAAGGGCAUGCAUGAAAGACAACUGUUUGUUUUCUGGAAGCUAUAGACAGCUCAAGAAACAUGUUAAGGCAGUUCACCCGAGAGCUAAACCAAGAGCCAUCGACCCUGUGAUGGAGGAGAAAUGGAAGAAGCUUGAAGUUGAGAGGGAGAGGAGCGAUGUAAUUAGCACAGUAAUGUCGUCUACACCCGGAGCUAUGGUUUUUGGAGACUAUGUGAUCGAGCCUUACAACGAUGACUAUGAUGAUGACCUUGAGUCUGAUGAUUCGAUGGAAGGUGGUUUCUUCGAUCUGGGAUCGCUAGCAUUUGACAUGAGACGUCUUCAACCGCGUUCGGCGCCAGCCAUCUCCAGUAGGGGACUUCGCAGUUAUUUGAUGAGCAACCGCCGACACCGAAGCAGAGAUGGGAACAGAAGGCGGCAAACGCAAGAUUGAUGAUUGAAAACCAGAUGAGUUUGUGACUUCGCCACCAAGAUAAAGCUUUGAGCUUUAUAAAGCCUUCAAGAGAAGGAGCAAGUGGGAACAUAACAACUGGUUUUUGAAGAUAGAGAAGAGACGUUUCAUAUGCGUUCAUUUCAAAUGUCUCUAGUUUGUGUCUUCAUCGCUUUCAUUUUUUAAGAAACUUGGACAAAAAAAUGGAAAAUACAUUAAAACGAGUUUGGAAGUUUUCUUUUUGGGUU